AUGUUUGUGGCGUUACGCCUAGAUGCAUCGCGGUGCACUAAGAGAUCUCAAGGCCGACAAGGACAUCGUCAUCGUGCCGAGGAAAAGGGGCGUUCGACCGCCGUACUGGACAGAACGGACUACCUUCAGAAGGCCAAAAUCCUACUGGAGGAUCGCCAGUUCUAUGUCCCAUGUGAAACCAAUCCCGUAAAAACGCUGACACGCGAAAUUAAUGCAACACUGUCAGCACUGGAGAACUCGGGUGCAAUAAAACCGGUCGACCGACGCACGGCGAGAGUCCAAGAAACGGCCUUGGCCCGAUUCUAUGGUCUCCCCAAGGUGCAGAAGGUGGGCGCUCCUCUCCGGCCCAUUGUAUCGCUCAAAGGCACUCCAACGUAAGGACUGACAAAAUGACUGUUUUUGCACCUCAAAUUUCUGACCUCUGAUUUGGAAACCACCGUCUGUUCGUCAACACAAUUCCUGGAGAAGCUUAAAGGAGUAAGUCUCCUGCAAAGUGAGGUAAUGGUAUCUUUUGAUGUCACCUCCAUCUUUACUUCUAUUCCCCAGGAGCUGGCAAUGGAGACCGUCGAGCUACUCCUACGAAGCAAAUACAAUGAAACGGAGAAUCGUCUCGGACAUGCCAAAAUCCUUCAACUCCUAAAGUUCUGUCUCAGGACGUACUUCACGUCUGACGGAACAAUCUACGAGCAAGGGAAUGGAACACCAAUAGGCUCGCCGAUUUCGGGAGCGAGUUUUCGUCGUGCUAGCGACCUGCCUCCACUCUCGCCUCCGGUCUUCUCUAGCCGGUCACGACACCCGUCCCAAGUGGAGAAGGAAGAGAGCUUGCGGUGGAUGUUCCCCAUGUCUGUCAUCACUAUAAACUAA